AAAGACCGUCAACCGCAGCUGCCUCGUUUGUCUCCGUAUAACUUUGUUCGUCUGAAGCAUCUUAUAUCUGUAAUCUUUUGAGUUUCCAAGCCUUAUCUCAGUUUCCAAUUGAAUCAUUCCUCAGUAUGGCGUUUGAAGAGGAUAAGAAGCUGUCUCCAAGAAAAAAAGCCAGGCUGAUGGUAGAAGAUAUAGAUGAGACAAUGAUGGUAGAAGAUAUGGAGAAGACAGUGGAAGUGAAGGAGCGGACCUUUGUUUUGUGCUUUCCCAACGUCGUGGUUUAUAAAAAUGUUGGCGAUAUCUUGAUGGAAUUUGAGAAAAUCAGUUUGAAUCUAAUAAGGAUGAGAUUAGUAUGCGCCACAGAAAAGUUUCUUACACAAUUCUUCUCCAUGGAAGGUAGAAACAUUUUCCACGAUAUUCCUCCAGCAGAUUUUUGUCCCUGGCCUUUUGUAGCUAUGGUAGUGGAAGGUGACAAUGCUAUUACUGAAGUUCAUCGGCUAACCUCAGAAACUGAAAGAUUUCCCUUUCGGUCGCCUGCUAUACGUGCUUACAGCAGUGUUACAGUUGCUAAUGUGGAAGAAGAUUGUGGAUUGUGGUUUGGUAUUGACUCUCCGAACUGGAUAGACGAAGCAAAAGAAAGUAAUCAUCUGGCAUGCGCAUUCCCAGGUGGCCAACUAUUUGGCCCAGUUGAAACAGUGGUGAAGAAGUUACUGGAACAGCAUCUCCUUAGUUACAGGUACUUCAAGGAAAAUGAUUCCUCCAGCAGUUUCUAUAGCAAUUUCUACAAUGACGAUCUGACAUUCGUCCUAAUCAGGCCUUUGGCUAUCAAAAAGCAAUAUGCGGGUCAACUGCUAUCCAUUAUUGAGAACAUGGGCUUUGGCUUCAGAGGUAUGGAUUUGGUAACAGAAUCCGAAGUUCCUACUAGUGAUGCAUGGCCUGUAGAUGCAUAUGGUAUUGCCUUGCUUGUGGAAUGUUUUAACCCUAAGGUGAUACAAAUAAACAAGAGUUGUAAAGAUUCCCGUAUGUUGAUUGACAAAAACAAAGGGACAGUUGAAAUUUGCAGCGACUUAAUCAGCAUAGGCAAGCCUGGGGACUUUCGUAUGAUUGAUCGUUAUUUCAAAUGUGGUACUGUUUCCUGGGUGGAUUCCAGCAGUGGUGCUAGCUGUGGUGGGUUGUUUUUGCCAACUUUGUCAAGCCUCCGUUUUUAAUAUGACCAAGAAUGGUGUGUUCGUAUCUGGUAUAUCAAUACGAUGUCUCUGAGUUGGAAAAUGUUGUGUUACUCCAUGUUUGGAACGAACACAAAUAAACAGACUUCUCCUUGUUUUUUUAACGGUAAAAGAAUUUUGUGCUUAUGGGUUUCGAACUCAUGUCACAUGUCAUGGUAUCAUCACUUAAUGACCUCUCCUUGUUUUUAAUUGUA